AUGGCAGCUCCCUUGUAUUAUUCGCAGACGGAUCGCGAAUAUCAGUUCGUCCAAGAUGGCGGUGAUGGUUUGACCCUCUCAAUUGGAAGACCAGAUGGGGAAAUUCGCUUGGGAAGAAAUGAAAAGACCUCAUUCGCGAAUGCUGGCGACAGCCAGCGAAUUGGCGGUAUAUUGGGUAUCAUAAGACUAAGAUUGACAAAGUACAUUGUCGUGAUCAAGGAAUGGGCCGAAAUAGGCCAAAUCCUCGGACACCCUAUUUAUCGGGCUCUUAAAUAUGACUUUCUUCCACUUCGUGAGUGGCGUGUCAAGGACGACAGUGAAAAACAGUAUCUUAGUUUACUGAGAGAUCAUUUGGACAAUGCAUCGUUGUUUUUCUCUUAUGGCUUCGACUUGACUAAUUCAUUUCAAAGGAAGGAUGACAAGGCUUUGCCAAUUAAUUCGGUCUCAUUGCAAUCGUUAGACGAUCGGUUUUUCUGGAACAAGUACCUUAGUGAAGAUCUAUUGGAUGAAGCUAAGAGCAAUAACCAGGUCAGUCAGUUCAUUCAGCCUGUAAUUUAUGGUGUUAUAAGUAUCCAUGAUACGUCCAUUGUUGGUCAAGCGGCAACAUUCGGCGUAAUCUCUAGAAGAAGUAGAUUUAGAGCUGGUACUAGAUAUUUCCGCCGAGGCAUUGAUGACGAAGGAAACGUGGCCAACUACAAUGAAACCGAACAGAUUCUUAUCAUUAAAGAUAGAUUGUACUCGUUUGUUCAAACCCGUGGAAGUGUACCUGCCUAUUGGGCCGAGAUUAAUAAUGUUCAAUACAAGCCACAAUUAAGGAUUGGUGGCAUUGCUGUUAACUCAGCCAAGCGCCAUUUUGAUGAGCAAAUCGCUUUAUAUGGCCCGAAUUAUCUAGUCAACUUAGUGAAUCAGAAGGGUUACGAGAAACCAGUCAAAGAUGUGUAUGAGAACGUUGUGCGGAAUCUCAACGAUGAAAAGAACGUGAAAUACGUAUACUUUGAUUUCCACCAUGAAUGUAGUAAGAUGAGAUGGUAUCGAGUUAAUCUUCUUAUCGAACAGCUUGAAACCUUAGGAUUGGAUUCCCAGAAGUGGUUUUCCGCUAAGCUCGGCGGUGGUUCUCAAACGGUAAUUGACAGGCAGACAUCUGUUGUUCGCACCAACUGUAUGGAUUGUUUGGAUCGUACAAAUGUGGUUCAAAGCCAACUUGCCAAGUGGAUUCUUCAGAGACAAUUACAGGAUGCUGGAAUCCUUGAACCUGGGGUGUCAUGGGAAACCGACAAGGCAUUCUUGUUUGUUUUCCGGAAUACCUGGGCUGAUAAUGCAGAUGGUGUCUCUUGCGCCUAUUCAGGCACAGGAGCUUUAAAGACGGACUUUACUCGUCUAGGUAGACGUACCAAGAGAGGAGCGCUUAGUGAUUUGCGCAAUUCACUUGUUCGAUACUAUAAGAACAAUUUUACUGAUGGACCCCGCCAAGAUGGGUUUGACCUAUUUUUAGGUAACCACUUGCCACAUGAGACUUUGGUCCCACCUUUUUUCGACUCUCGUCCAUUGAGUAUUCAGGCAGUGCCUUAUACUAUACUUGGCUCAUUUAUCCUGCUAGUUGCAAGUGUCUUAUUUCCCAAAGAGGACAGCUCAGUUUAUGUCAAUCGAGCUCUUCUUUUGGUAUGGCUCUCUAUUUUUUUGUAUUCACUUCGAGUCUUUAUUAAACAAGGCAUGCAGUUUGUAAACUGGCCAAAGCUCUGUGGCUUGACCUUUGUGAGCAAAGAAGAAGUUGUCAAGAAAGGUAUUAGCAGUGGAUGGAGAGUGGUAAUCAGAGAUGUUCCAAAUGCUAGAGGUCUCGAGGAGGGUAAAUUUGAGUAA